AUGAUGCGUCGCGCCGCGUCCACGCUGCUCCGGCAGGCGAGGGUCGCGCACAGGGCUGUGGCCACCACGCAGGCUGCUGCGCCCCUUGGCGCGGCGGAGGCUCGAGGGUUCGCGCCGAUCGCGCGCGGGUUUCACACCUCAAACAUCGCCGGGGCGGGCAUCUCCGCCCAGGAGCUCUCCUCCCUGCUCGAGCAGCGCAUCUCCGGCCACUACUCCGCGCUGGACAUCGACGAGAUCGGCCGCGUGCUGUCCGUGGGCGACGGCAUCGCGCGCGUGUACGGCCUGAACAAGAUUCAGGCUGGCGAGAUGGUCGAGUUCGCCUCCGGGGUUAAGGGCAUGGCGCUCAACCUCGAGAACGACAACGUGGGGAUCGUGUGCUUCGGUUCCGACACCACUAUCAACGAGGGUGACAUCGUCAAGCGCACCGGCGCCAUCGUCGACGUCCCCGUCGGCCGCGGUAUGCUCGGCCGCGUCGUGGACGGCCUCGGCCAGCCCAUCGACGGCAAGGGUCCCCUCGGCGACGUGACCCAGCAGCGCGUCGAGAUCAAGGCUCCCGGCAUCAUCGUUCGCAAGUCUGUGCACGAGCCGAUGCAGACGGGCCUCAAGGCCGUGGACUCGCUCGUGCCCAUCGGCCGCGGCCAGCGCGAGCUGAUCAUCGGCGAUCGCCAGACGGGCAAGACCGCCAUCGCGAUCGACACCAUCAUCAACCAGAAGGGGGUCAACGACCAGGGCGACGAGAGCAAGAAGCUCUACUGCGUCUACGUCGCCGUCGGCCAGAAGCGAUCCACCGUCGCGCAGCUCGUCAAGGUGCUCCAGGACAAGGGCGCGUUGGACUACUCCGUCAUCGUCGCGGCGACCGCCUCCGACCCCGCGCCCCUCCAGUUCCUCGCCCCCUACUCGGGCUGCGCCAUCGCCGAGUACUUCCGCGACAACGGCAUGCACUCGCUCAUCAUCUACGACGACCUCUCCAAGCAGAGCGUCGCCUACCGCCAGAUGUCCCUCCUCCUCCGCCGUCCCCCCGGACGCGAGGCGUUCCCCGGUGAUGUCUUCUACCUCCACUCCCGCCUCCUCGAGCGCGCGGCGAAGAUGAGCGACGAGGUUGGCGCGGGAUCCAUGACGGCGCUCCCCGUCGUCGAGACCCAAGGCGGCGACGUCUCCGCGUACAUCCCCACCAACGUCAUCUCCAUCACCGACGGACAGAUCUUCCUCGAGACGGAGCUCUUCUUCAAGGGCAUCCGCCCGGCGAUCAACGUCGGCCUCUCCGUCUCCCGCGUCGGUUCCGCGGCGCAGAUGAAGGCGAUGAAGCAGGUGUCCGGCUCGCUCAAGCUCGAGCUGGCGCAGUACCGCGAGGUUGCCGCGUUUGCGCAGUUUGGCUCGGACCUCGACGCCGCCACCCAGUACCUCCUCAACCGCGGCUCGCGCCUCACCGAGGUGCUCAAGCAGGGCCAGUUCGUGCCCAUGCCCAUCGAGCAGCAGGUUGUGGUCAUCUACGCCGCGACGAAGGGCUACCUCGACAAGGUUGCCAUCAACGACAUCGGCGCGUUCGAGGCUGGCCUGCUCAAGGAGGUAUCCCCGGCGCUGCUCGAGACCAUCCGCACCGAGAAGGUCAUCUCCGACAGCACCGACGCCAAGCUCAAGGAGCUCUGCGAGGGCUACACCAAGGGGUUCAUCGCCGCCAAGGCUUAAAACGCUUAAAUGGGGUUGGGAUCGAUUCGCCCCGAGCGGUGGGUUCCGCAAACGGGCUCGUGUGUUUUAUCAUCAAUCACGGUAACCGCGGCGCACGUAUGUACGUACGCGCGGUGUCCUCGUCAUGUUCUGUUUCAAUAAAACUCAACUCAUCACGAG